AUGCGAUUCCACGUCCCGCUCCCAACCUGCAUCUUAGGAAUCCUUGUCCCGUUGGUCGCGGCCUAUGAAGUCGCACUCUACCCAGAAACCUUGACUGGCCUAGACGCUACAGAAGACGACCCCCUCGUUUUUCACAUCUACCCUCGUUUCGAAUGCAACAAAGCAAUCCUUGGUUCUCGCUUUAGGCAGACACAGAACGUGAUCAUCCGUACAGCUGAAGAUGCGAUGGGACCUGGACUCCUAGCCUUUUACAGCGCAAAGAAGGAUGACCCAGACCCCUGUAAAAGAGAGAAUGGGAUUCUUGCCGGAUAUUUUCGUAAGAAUGUGAAGCCAUCGACGCAGGUUCUUUUCACGGAUAUCAUGACCGAGAUUACACAUUUUAUGGAGUUGACUGAUCAGUCCGAACUAUGGGCUUAUUUGGUUGACUGGAUGGGGAUGAAACCUGGGAAUUCGGCGAUUAGCUAUCCUAAGCAGAAGAAGAAAGAUUUUGACUCACCUCCCGAGUGGGAGUUUAUCAAUUGGUACAAGAUGGAUAUUCUCCCAUAUGAUCAUGAUUUUGGGUAUGCUACCGAAGAAGAUCUCGAUCUCGGUAUGGAUUCAGAAGGGGAGUUAGAUGAAGCGGUUGAAGGGGUGCAAUGGCCAGAGACGAACGCCGAGUAUGGAAGCAUACUUGCGCCUGGGCAGAAGGUACCCGAUGACAAGGUAUACCGGGGCAAUUUUAGAGAUUGGAGGAACGCGAGGUAUCGAUUCGGAGAUUACAGACCCAUAACAAAGCAUUUUACGCAAUUUAAUUCGCUCGAUAAGCUUAGAGAUAUGGGGUAUAUUAUCGACGAUGCUAAGGAGUUGCAGAUAAGGCUGAGGAGACUAGAGGAAAAGCACAAGGCGUCCGAGAUCGAAAGGGGGUUUGAAGAAGCUAGGCACAAUAAAAUGAAAGCUGAAGAGAAGUAUACAGGAGUUAGCGAUGUAUUCAAAAAAUUUGACUUCGGGAUGAAUGUUAAUCCGCCCCAACCCCAGAGAUUGCUUCAACGGGGCAAUAAUGAUUUCUUGGAGGAUGCUGUCGACCCAGAAUUUCCGACCUUUGGUGGGGCUCCAGGCGUUGAUACUUAUAAUAUGUAUGGGGGACCGGAAUAUUUACAACAGGAAGGAAUCGAAAUUGAAGAAGAAAAGGAGGAUGACAGUGAUUUUGCCCAGAGAUACGGCGGGCCGGGGCAGAUCGAGUAUGAAGCAGAUAACGAGUUUGGAACUGAUUAUUUGAGUACAACCCAAUUUUUAAGUAGCAUUCAGGGAGAAAGCCAAGGAGUGCCACCACGAUCCCCAUUAUAUGACUAUGAUUAA